AUGAUUUGGAAGCAGCCAAUAUUCAGCCCGGAAACUCUCCGGAAAUUCGAGGAUAUUUUGAACGAGCACGAACGACAGUACAACAACAACAACACGGUCUGGCUUGUAAACACUGUGUCUUGGAAUCUGAUGCGCUUGUUUCAACGCGAAAUCGAGCAAGCAGAACAAAAAGUGCUUCCGCUGCUACCAAUUAUACCGUAUGACAGUGAACCCAGUGCAAUCGCUUUGUCGAGCACCGAAGAGCCCGCAGGGACACUUGCGCCUGUAGCGGGAACAUCCGGAUUAUUGGUACUACCACCACCCUGGCAAGUGCAGCGAUACGCACGUGAGGAACGCCGCUAG